AAAUUUUAUAAGAAUUUCGGACUCGAACGCAAGCGAAUCGUUGCCCUAAUCCCGUCGAGAAAUGUCUCUGGUGCCCACGACAUAUCGCGAUUUGUCGCGGGAAUUCGAUCGUCCGCGGCCGCUCUACCAGCCGCCCUAUGAUUUCCACCUCUAUCCGUAUUUGUGGGACGAUCCGCGUGUCUGGUGGCCAUCGCAGCACACCAGCAGGAGUGACUUGCUCCGACCGCUGGACGAACUGGUGACGCGGCGAGUGAGGAAUCAGCUGAUCCAAUCGACGCCCUACGAAUGGGCCCAUCCCAUGCGGUGGGACAACUACUAUUCCGGCGAACGGGUGCAUGUGGAUGAGAAGGGAUUUCGGGUUGACAUCGAUGUGCGACAGUUUCAUCCGCACGAGAUUGUCGUGAAGACCAAUGACGACUACGUUAUUGUCCAGGGAAACCACAAUCGCCGCAGCGAGGGCUCCAAUGGCCUGGUGGAAAGGCACUUUGUGCGCAAGUACCUCCUGCCACGCGGCUAUAAUGCUAAUGAGGUGAUCUCGGACAUAUCCACCGAUGGCAUCCUCACCAUCAAGGCUCCACCACCGCCGCCAGCCAAGUACUACUCCCCCGGGGAGCGAUUGAUCCGCGUCCAUGAGACGGGAAAACUGGCCCUGCCCUGGAAAUAGACCAAAAUCACAGAAUCCGGAAGGCAAACAGUGGAAAGUCCCACCCAUCUGAAGCGCCUAACUCAAGGUGAACUAUUUUCGGACAGCAAGCAAGUGCAGCCGAACAUUUAAAUUGGAUUCAAACAUAAAUAAAAUACAGAUUGUACUCGUAGGUAAUAUAUAAAAUGCGCAAUAAAUAUUUGCUAGAAA